GGACUAGCGGCCCAUCUCUGCUCCGGGCUCGGAUGGGAGGCGGCGGGAGGAGCGGCCUGGGAUGUUCAGUCUGAUGGCCAAUUGCUGCAACUGGUUCAAGCGGUGGCGGGAGCCCGUCAGAAAGGUGACUCUUGUGAUGGUGGGACUUGAUAAUGCUGGUAAAACGGCGACAGCGAAGGGAAUCCAAGGAGAAUAUCCUGAAGAUGUAGCCCCUACUGUUGGAUUUUCCAAAAUUGACCUUAGACAAGGAAAGUUUGAAGUCACCAUCUUUGACUUGGGAGGUGGAAAAAGAAUUCGAGGAAUCUGGAAGAAUUACUAUGCUGAGUCCUAUGGGGUAAUAUUUGUUGUGGAUUCAAGUGAUGAAGAAAGAAUGGAGGAAACAAAAGAGACAAUGUCAGAAGUGCUGAGACACCCUAGGAUAUCUGGAAAGCCUAUAUUGGUGUUGGCAAAUAAACAGGAUAAGGAAGGGGCUCUAGGAGAAGCUGAUGUGAUUGAGUGUCUUUCUCUGGAAAAGCUGGUCAAUGAGCACAAGUGCUUGUGUCAGAUAGAACCUUGUUCAGCAGUCUUGGGAUAUGGAAAGAAAAUUGACAAGUCCAUUAAAAAGGGCCUUUAUUGGCUGCUACAUAUCAUUGCAAGAGACUUUGAUGCCUUAAAUGAACGCAUCCAAAAAGACACAACAGAACAACGUGCUCUUGAGGAGCAAGAGAAGCGAGAAAGGGCUGAACGCGUACGGAAAUUACGAGAAGAAAGGAAUUCCAAAUUCUUUCCUUCAAAAUAUAGAGAACAAAGAGAGCAAGAACGGGCUGAACUCCAUGGAACCAGUGGUAUGGCUGAGUUGGACCCAGAACCAGUUAUUGUUAAUCCUUUCCAGCCAAUAGCAUCUGUAAUCAUUGAGAAUGAAAAAAAACUUGAAAGAGAGAAAAAGAGGCAAAAUACCGAAGACGGUGAUGGCUGCCCCCUGAAACAUAAAAUGGAGCAUGAGCAAAUAGAGACACAGAGCCAGAUCAGUGACAGCAGCCAAAAAAACAGUGAGUUCGGAGUAGUAGAAAAUUAUAAGGAAGCAUUAACACAGCAGUUGGAAAAUGAAGAUGAGACAGACUGGAGAUCAUCAGAAUCAGAUAACAGUAAAAAGAAAACUAAGAAACUAAGGAUGAAAAGGAGCCACCGUGUAGAACCUGUUAAUACAGAUGAUUCUGUUCCUAAGAGUCCAACACCACCCCCACCUCCUCCUCCUGUUGGCUGGGGAACCCCCAAAGUCACUAGACUUCCAAAACUUGAGCCUCUUGGUGAAACACGUCAUAAUGAUUUCUAUGGAAAGCCACUACCUCCUGUGGCUGUGCGACAGAGACCUAACAGUGAUGCUCACGAUGUCAUCUCGUAACCAAGUCAUAUGGAUGUGCUCUCUUUACAUCAGCAGGAUGAACUGGAGGGCCUUUCUCAAC